GCAGCGUAUCGCCGCGAAUUAACUUACAACUUUCCGCGAAAAAUAUUUUUUCCAACGCUUUUCUCCGUAACUUCGAAUAGUAUGGCAACUUUCGUGAAAUCGAAUUUUGGCUGGAAUCGUUAGAAUCAUAAUCGAUCGUGUUUAAUUAUCGUGGUGUAGAUGAACUCGACAACGUUGAAAUCUUGGCUACUGCGAGGAGAACUUGAGAAACUAGAACAUGUCGUUCUAGAAGGACGCGGGGCACGUCUGUUGGGUGAAUAUUCUCCAGACCUGAGAACCAGAGUCUUCCUAAAAGGACUCCCAAAUUAUUUGACAAAAAUCUCUUUCGUGCACGACGCGGUUUCGCGCGGUUCUCUGGCGGAAACGCAAAAGCUCGUAUCGGAAGAACCUAAAAAAAAGCUGGCGAUUGCGAAAGAUCCAGCUGGCACUCCUUUGCUUCACAAGGCAGUCUACCACGAUCAUCAAGAUAUCGUCGAGUGGCUUGCGCACAAUUUUCCCAUCGCUGUUCAGCAGAAAGAUAAAGAAGGAAGAACCGCGUUGCAUUACUGUGCUGCUUGCAAAGAUCCCGAGGCAAUUUGGGAUGUUCUCAUAGAAAACGACUGUGACGCGAGCAUUAUCGACAAAAAGGGUAAUCCCGCUUCGUACUAUUUGGAACAUAGUUCGGAGGUCGAGCUACCGGAAGCGGAGAACAUGUCUCGUCGCAAGACCAACUCUGGCAAGGAACUUCUGGACUUCAAACCUUCCAAUAUAAGAAUAUGGAUCCACAAUCGAGAUAUAGGGAAACUACAACAGGUCCUGUGGGAAGGCCAUGGCAACAAAUUACGCAUGGAGACGAGCAACAAUCUGCGAGUGAAAAGAUUCUUAGAAGCCGUACCAUUCAUAAUGAGUACAACGAAAGAUAUUCACGCAGCUACGGUGAAUAACGAUUUAGAGGGGCUGAGGGGCACGGUCGAGGCCUCGUCGCCCAUCGUUCUUUGCGCCAAAGACGGCAACGGCUUGAACGCCUUGCACAAGGCUGCUGGUUUGGGUCACACGGAAAUCGCGAGGGAAAUUCUUGAAAAAUGGCCUUUCGUUGUGGAGGCGCAGGAUAACGAUGGCAAGACGCCGUUACAUUAUGCGGCUGCAGCAAAAGACGAUGGAACGUUAUAUAAUUUGAUAACGGAAUAUGGAGCCGAUGAGAGCAAAUUAGAUCACAAACAAAAGGCGCCGGCGUUUUACAAAAAUCGGCCAUCGGAUAUCGACCAAUCGCUGUUAACUGUGAUACCGGAAGCACCUCGAGUUGCCGGAUCUUCGUAUCCCAAACACUGGGACUGGAGGAUUCUAGAAGCGGAACAAGCUAUAUCCAAAGGAAUGAAAAAAGCCAGCAGUGCGAAUAUCGAUAGCGCAUUUGGUAGCGCGGAGUCGACAACGAAAAACUUGAGUAGAUCUAUGGAACAAAUAAAAAAUGUCGAGGAGGAUCACGAGAAGGAGCAACAGGGAAACGCAGAAGACACAGAAAAUCAUGAAGGUGCAGAAGAUGCAGAAGAUGCAGAAGAUGCGGCCAAUAGAGAAAGCGCGGAACCUGCUGAAAAUACGGGAGAUACGGAAAAUGCGGAAAAUACGGAAAAUGCGGAAAAUACGGAAAAUGCGGAAAAUACGGAAAAUACGGAAAAUACAGAGGAAGGGGAGGCAGAACGUGAGAACGUGGAACAUGCAGAAGAAUCCAAAGAACCAGAAACCACGGAAAAUAAGGAAGAACACGAGGGAGCAAACACUCCCGAAGACACUGAAGAGAGGUCCUCGGACGAUGACGUGGUAACAGGUACAGCGGUCCCGGAAACCGAGGAAAAUUCCAAUGCGGAGAACGAAGCUGCGGAGGAGCUGAAGCCAAAGGGAAUAGAAGGUGAGGAAGAGAGGAAAGAAGAAGAAGAGAAAGAGGAAGAGGAGGAGGAAGAGGAAGAAGAGGAGAAAGAGGAAGGAGAGCCUACAGACACGGAGGGAGCCCCGAAAAUGGAAGAGGCCAUCGAGCAGCAGAAGGGAAACAAAGCGGAGGAAGAAGAAAGAAACGAGCCGAGUACAGGCGACUCUGGUGUUGAUGAUCCAGGGAACGACGAAGACCAGCAGGUAAUCGUCGGCGAACACGAGGAGCUUCCGCAAGCAGAAGUAAACGAGGGCAGCAUGACGGCGGACCCGGAAAUCGAGAAGCUGCUGGAGACCGGCAACAUGGAGCAAUUGGCCGCGUUAGUGUUAAGUGGCGAAGGCAGAAGACUGGUCGGCCGACAUUCGGGCAAUCCUGAGCUGCAGGCAUUCAUCGAUCGUGUCCCUUCUUACAUGGGGAAAAUUCAUGCUGUACACAUGGCAGCGCAAGAAGGAAACCUGAGAGAUCUGCAGAGCGCCUUAGAUCGGCGCAAAUUUGCCGUUGCGAGAGACGGGUCAUCGCCGCACGGCGCAACGCCUCUUCACGUUGCUGUUGUAUUUGGAAACACCACCGUUAUCAGAUAUCUGGCAGGCAGGUUUCCAGAAACCGCGCAUGCGAUCGAUCUCGAUGGCCGAACUCCUUUGCACUAUGCAGCCACCAUAGCGGACAACGGCCAUUACUACAAUCUUCUACUUCAUUUGGGUGCCAAUCCUUUAGUUCAAGACAAUCUGGGUCAAAAGGCGGACUAUUACAAACAGAACCAAUCGGAAUUUUCCCAUAAAUCGCUUCUCCGCGAUUUCGGAGUUAACGAGAAGCUCGCCGACGAGAUGUUGGUGGACAAAGUUCCCGGAGGCGACACGUAUUCCGCGCGUCGAGACAUAACCGAACCAGAGACCCUGGCUACCUUGGAGAGAUGUUUCCGUCUUCUGAUCGGCGUAAGACACGGUACGACGCCAAAAUCUGCCGGGAACUCCGGCACACUGAUCGGCCGUUGCCUGAAACGGCCCGUAUUCGAUCGUAUCAAGCACCGUGUGACACGCAUGGACCACAAUCUCUUUGAUGUGAUCUGGCCCGCUUUAAAAAAAUACGGUAACUCGGCUUACAACAGCAAGGCGGGCAGCGCUUAUUCGGUGGUCAGCAACGUGGACGAGCACGAGUCUGUGUCGGUGGUAGCGCCGGACUACGAAAGUUACAUCGUGUUCGCAGACUUUUUCGACCCUUUGAUCAGGGACAUACAUUGCGUGACUGCCAGCGGUGAUCUUCCCGACCACCCUCCGCCCAGGUUCUUUUACAACGAGAACGACGACAGCGAAGAGAAUGCCGACACGUUGGACGAAGUGACAGUGUCGGCGAUCGAGGCGUACGACCUCGAUCCUCCGGCCAAAUACGUUCAAGCUGCUGUAAUAGAGUGUUGCAGAAAUCUGGAAAGUUACACGCUUCCCUUGACGCUUACGGUGAACCAGCUUGAAGAGGUGGAACGAGAGAUCACCAGUGAAUUGAUGAGCCAAGAGAUCUCGGCAAUGGUGGCGGAGGGUAGCAGCGAGGACGAGGCCGGAACUUACUUUACCCUCAGCGAAAUUCUGGAUCAACCGAGUCCGAUCAGGGCCCAACUGGCAGCAGCCGGUUUGCUAUUGCCUAUUACGGAUCUUGAAGUUCACGAUGACAAACGUCUUCAUGGGAAGCACUGGCCUUACGGCCGAGGAGUUUACGUCGCCUCUGCCGGUGACCUAGCUGCUUGGGUGAACGUCCAGGAUCACCUGAGGGUUAUUUGUCGCACCAGCGAGAACAGACCGGGUUCGAUCGGUCGUGGCUACGUAAGGCUGGCGAAGGUGAUGACGAUGCUCGACGAAAGAAUGAAAUUCAAGAGAGACAAGAAGCUGGGCUUCCUCGGCGCACGACCGUACGCCAUUGGCAAUACUCUUAGGUUUAACGCGAUAAUCAGGUUCCCGGAAUUGUCGAAGGAAUUUGAUCAUUUGAAGCAUCUGUGUGUAGUUCGUGGAUUAAGCAUACAAGAAACAGCGAAGCGGGAUAUGGUUCGAAUCGGUAACCAGCAAUCGUUGAGUAUUACCGAGCUGCAGACCCUUCAAGAUUUCUCCAGAGCUGUUCUGAAUAUCCUGGCGUUGGAGAAGGAACUAUCGAUAAACAAUUCGUUGAAGAUUGCAACUUUGAUCGCGGGAAUUUUCCGCAAACGGAACAGUGCUAAACGUUUCCAGAAUUAAAAUCGUCGUGGAGAGGGGACGUUAAAACGAUCAACGAAAGACUCUGUCUUUCCUCGUCCAUGUUAUUCAACGCUCCUACGCUACUUUUUUCCCUUCUUUUUCAUUUUUCUUUUUUCCUU